CACGAAAAAAAGAAUUAUAACUCGACUAAAACGUCAUGAAAUUCGAUCAGAAAUUACUAAUAAACUGUCAUUCAAGCGACAGAAAAUGGAUGAAAAAAAAAAAAAAAAGCUAGAGCGUGAGCUGUCCAUAUUAAGUCUCGGUGAAAUGAUGCAUAAAUAUAAACACUUAUCUGCAAAGCAACUCGAAGAUUUAGACGAUGUUAUGUCAGAAAGAAUUGUUGGCAGAACACUCGAUCACGAGUGGUAUGAUGCUGACUUUGCUAAAUCUGUCAUUUAUGAUGGUAGAGUUGAAAAGGUAAACAAGAGACUACAUGACAGAAUUUUCACUAUUUCUUACUGGAAACAAGAUGAAACUGAUAUUGAAGCUGUGGAACAUAAGAUGAGAAAAAUACAGCUAGCUGCUGAUGUUAUAUCAGGUUGGUGGGCUAAAUAUGAUCAUUUAAAUGAGAAAAUGUAUACUCGUGCAACUUGUAAUCUGGUAAAACAAUUCUUUGUUAUUUAA